GGAAGACAUAAAGGGGAUAUUGAUCGCGAAUCUCUGGAAAUACUACACAAACUUCAGUAUUCAUCCUCGCUAUUGGCAAUUUCUGCCAGAUCUUGCGCCAAAUUAUCAAUGUGUCUGCUCAUCAAAGCAAUCAAUAAUCAUGACUUGAUGUCGCGAGCGAAUCGAUCUCUUAUCGCACUGACACUCGUUUCUUUUGUUUCCGGUUUCACAGCCUCGGCUUUUCAAUGUCGACUCCUUACGCCGUGGACAUGUUCAAAUCAUGCGCAAUGUCCCAGUGCUCGUUCUGUCUACAUCUACAAUGGAGCAAUGAACAUUGUUACCGACACCUCCAUCUGCAUCCUCGCAUUCGCUAUGAUUAGGAAAUUUCAAACCACACGAAAAAGGAAGGCCGAGAUCGUUGCAUUGUUUGCGUUUCGAAUCAUGUGUCCCAUAACUACAAUUCCCACGCUCCAAUCGUUCGAUUUCUUAUAUUAUGAUACAUCUGAUGCCUCCUGGCUAGCACUUGAGCCAGCUAUGUGGUCUCAAGUGCCACUCAGUCUUUCUGUUAUUACCGCUUGUUUUCCAAGUAUGAAGAACGUCUUCGACAGCUUCCUUGGCAAUACCAUUGCCGUAGGCAUUGAUGCCCCAUACCAAUUGGACACGGUGAAGGGCAAAGAGGGCUUUCGUACUACAGCAUAUGCUAGUGAGAUUAAGAGCUCAACGCCUCGGAGCUUCCCAAACCGAUGCCUCAAACCCACAGAUACAGCUCCAACUCAAGUUUCUUAUCAUACUGGCCCAGCGGAUCUUGGAUCUGACGAAAUGCCACACAGGAAGAAAGAGCAGAGCGAAUGUGUAUGGAAUCGGACAGACGGUGUUAUGGCUAUCAGCGAAGUGGAGGUGCAGCUUGAUUGUUCACCCAGGUCGACCUCGACUGUAUCAUCACAAAGCAGUGUAUACGCCAGCUGGGCAUUGCUAGAAAAAGCCAUGUGUAGAGCUCGUAACGCGAACGCUCUCGUUGCAUGGAAUUAUCUACACUUGAAUGGAAGGUUGUAGAGUGAGUAUGCCAAUUGACCGACACUGGCAUCUUUCAGAUACAUGAACGUUGAGGUGCAAAGUCUGGUCGCUUGGCUGACAGCUGCGAUAAAGCAUUUGUAUUAUGUUGUGCACCAAGUAUGUCCUUUGUCUAUCUCAGUCAUGGAAACGGUCAAGGAGAAUAGUUAGUUACUGGAGUGAGGUUUCCGUGCACACUGG